UGUACCUAGACGUGGACACAGCCAUAGCUAAAGCACCAAGACUACACAUGACUCUUCAGCCUGAGAAUAGCGGUGACCACAGCAGAGCGGGGAGCUCUUGGAAGACUGACGGAAGAUUUCACACGGACAAGAUCCAAGGAUACGCACGGAAAGCCUUCGAGACGCUGAAACACCUGCUGACCGAGGUAAGAGUAGAAGACGACUCCCGUCCUGACACCUACAACAGACUGGCCAGGCACGUGGCGGAGUCAGGGCUGACCUUCCGGGAUGAGGUGCCGAAGGACGGAAACUGCAUGUUUCACGCCGUGGCUGAUCAGCUGUUCCGUACGGAGGGGAGACAAAUUAGCCACGGGGAUCUGCGCAAGCAAGUUGUUGACUACUUAAGAGGCUGUCCAUACAACUGUCACAUACAUGGUAUAGACAGAAGCUUAACGGCGACCAUCUCAGUGACUUCGUCCAAGAUCAAAACUGGGAAGGUUACCUGA